AUGAGGCCGGAACCCAGCAGGAUAGGGCCCCGGAGGAGGACCGCGGGGCCCCGGCGGGGGGUCCGCGCGUUGCCCACCCACAGCCCUGCCUCCCCGGGGGCCAGCUCUCUCCCCUCCCGUGGGAAGCGCUCUCUCCAGUCCCCUGCGCGGCCCUUCCUCGCUCUGCUGCUUCUGGUUUCCGUCAAGCAAGUUGCAGGAUCUCUCCUUGAGGAGACAACUCGAAAGUGGGCUCAGUACAGAGAGAAGUGCCUGAGAGACUUACUCAAACAACCUUCCGGCGUAUUUUGUAACGGAACCUUUGAUCGGUAUGUAUGCUGGCCUCAUUCUUCUCCGGGAAACGUCUCCGUUCCCUGCCCUUCAUACUUACCUGGGUGGAGUGAAGAGAACCCGGGAAGGGCCUACAGACGCUGCCUGGCUCGGGGCACUUGGCAGACGCUGGCGAACCGCACAGUUUGGCAGGAUGACUCCGAAUGCUCUGAGAACCACAACGUCCAAAAAAACGUGGAACACCACGCCUUGCUGUCGACCUUGCAGCUGUUGUACACGGUGGGCUAUUCCCUCUCCGCUGUCGCCCUCCUCCUGGCUCUCACUCUCCUCCUGUUUCUUCGAAAACUCCACUGCACCCGCAACUACAUCCACAUGAACCUGUUUGCUUCCUUCGUCCUGAAAGCCCUGGCCGUGCUGGGGAGGGACAUCGUCUUCCACAACUCUUACUCCAGGAGGCCCGACACCGAGAGGCAGUGGGUGUCCUACAUGUCCGAGAUUUCUACCUCCUGCCGCUCCGCCCAGGUUCUGCUGCACUACGUCGUGGGCGCCAACUACUCCUGGCUGCUGGUGGAAGGCCUGUACCUCCGCACGCUGCUGGAGCCCACGGCGCUCUCCGAAAGGCGGCUGUGGCCCACGUACCUGCUGGUGGGUUGGGGCUUCCCACUGCUGUUUGUUGUGCCCUGGGGUAUCGCCCGUGCGCAGCUGGAGAACACAGGAUGCUGGGUAAACAACCGAAAUAAAGCAAUCUGGUGGAUCAUCCGAGGACCCAUACUUCUUUGUAUAGCAGUCAACUUCUUCAUCUUCCUGAAAAUUCUCAAGCUUCUCAUUUCUAAGCUGAAAGCCCAUCAAAUGUGCUUCAAAGAUUAUAGAUACAGGUUGGCAAAAUCAACGCUGGUUCUCAUCCCUUUAUUGGGUGUUCACGAGAUUCUCUUCUCUUUUGUCACUGAUGAUCAAGUUCAAGGAUUUUCAAGACUUGUACGACUCUACAUCCAGUUGACUCUGAGCUCCUUCCAUGGACUGCUUGUGGCCUUGCAGUACUGCUUUGUCAAUGGAGAGGUGAAGGCCGAGCUGCGGAGGCACUGGGGCCGCUUCCUGCUGGCCCACCACUCGGGCUGCAGAGCCUGGGGCCUGGAGAAGAACUUCCGGUUCCUGGGGAAGUAUCCCAAGAAGCUCUCAAAGGGAGACAGCGCCAGGGCGCUGCAGAAGUCACAGUCCUCGCCUGGCAGCGGGCAGCUCCUGCCGCUGACCAUGCAGGGCCUCGGGGAGCCAGGCACCAGGUCCCACGGGGGCCACACAGCUUGGCGCUGGGGCCGCAGCCUGUCCGAGAGCAGCGAGGGGGACUUCACCCAGGCCCACACCAUGGAGGAGAUUCUGGAGGAGAGUGAGAUGUAG